AUGAUGCAAUGCACUCAGCUAGAUAUCAAUCAAAUUUGUGGAUACAACAAUGUUGGAUGGACUUUUCAACAGUCUGUUGGUAGUUCAGGAGGUAUGAUUAUCCUGUGGGACAAAAACUUUAUGGAGGUCAAUGAUGCACUUACUGGGGAAUAUACUUUAUCAGUCUCGUGCACAAAUAAGUCAGACAAUUUCAAUUGGAUGCUUACCAGUGUGUAUGGACCCAACAAUACUGUGGAGAGAAUUAGCUUCUGGGAAGAAUUGGAUAUUGCAUGUAGACUAUGGAAUUUACCAUGGUGCAUAGGUGGAGAUUUUAACACAGUUAAAAAGUGUGAUGAAAAGAAGAAUUGCACCAAGAUCUCCAGAAGCAUGACACAAUUCAAUGACUUCAUUGAGCAGCAUAAUCUGGUGGAUCUUCCUUUGAAAGGUGCGCGCUUUACAUGGUCAAAUGGACAAGCCAAUCCAGUGAUGUGUAGGCUUGACAGAUUUCUUGUAUCCCCAUGCUUUGAAACACAUUUCCCCUUCAUCUCCCAACUAGCCAGAGAUCGACCUACUUCAGACCAUAUCCCAAUCCUUCUAGACAUUUCAGAUCCCAGUUGGGGACCUAGUCCUUUCAGGUUCGAGGCAAUGUGGUUAUUAGAGAGUGAUUUUCUAACCCUUUUGAAAUAUUGGUGGUUGUCUUUUUCCUUUACAGGUUCUCCAAGUACGGUGUUAUGGCUAAAGCUAAAGGGCCUAAAAGAAAAACUACGUGUCUGGAACAAGGAGGUUUUCAAACAUACACACACUAGGCUCAAUGACAUUUUGACUGAAACCCAGGAAUUAGACAAUAUGUCAGAGGAUAGCGUUCUUUCUGAAGAAGACAAACAUAAUAUCAUCUACCUAAAGUCUGGAUUUGAGAAAACGGCGCAAAUGGAGGAAAUAUCUUGGAAGAUUAAAUUAAAGACUAAAUGGCUACAAGAGGGUGACAGGAAUACUGCGUUUCUUAUGAGUAAAACUACGGCAAGAAGAAGAAGUAACAUGAUCAAACAAGUAUACAUAAAUGGAGAACUUGUAGACGAUAGAUCUUUGUUACAACAACAUAUCAUUAACUUCUAUCACACCUUAUUCACUGAAGAGGAGGCUAUCAGGCCGGAGCUGGAAGGCAUAGACUUUGAUUGGAUAAACGACCAAGGAAACGUAAUCUUAGAAUGA